AUGAUGGACACAGAUCAUCUGUUCCAUCAGAUGAUGUCGAAGGUUCCUAAAGAAAAGCAGUUGUGUCGCACUUGGGAAGAACUUCCUCAAGGAAAGAAGAGGUGGUGUCUUUAUCAUUGGAUUGGUACGAACAUGUUUGGUUUGCGGGAGCGGGUUCCUCUACCCUCUUGCAUUGUGGAAUACGUCAGAGAGAAGGUUCCCAACGACGGUGACCUUGGGUUUGUUGGCUACCAGCCAAAGUACUCGCACAAUUCUAUUAUGUCUCCCAAGCAAGCUGAUGCUGGGAUUGAAGAAGGCAUUCCCGAAGAAGGCAUUCCUGAUGACAAUGAAUUCGACCAGGAAGAGCCAACCACAGCCGACUUCGCAGCUUAUGCAAAGGUCAUGGAAGAGGAAGAAAAGAUGCGUCGUGCUUUUGAGCCAGCUGGUGAGAAGAAGGUGGCUACAGAGAAGAAGGUCGAGAAGAAGGAAGGCAGCUCUAUCUGA